UUAAAGAAACAAAAGUAGAUUGUAUUUUGAAAGUUAACUCUUCAAACACUCUGUUUAGAUUGCAGAACUUAUUCAUAAUGAGAACUUGCUGCGUGUAAAAUAAAAUAGAUUCAAUUCAAUUUUUUUCUUUACAAAGUUAUGAAAAUAGUGCUAACCAUGAGUAGAUUAGCAGUGAAUUCAGACCUAUUACACUUAUCAUAAGAAAAAGUAACUGGAGGAAGUCUCACAUGUUUUAAGUAUACGAUGGUGUCAAUAUUUGUAGCUGAUUUGCGGUUAAUGUAAAAAAAUGCAACAUGAAAGCAACUAUAUCUGUAACAAUAAUAAUAUAAUUCAUAUCUUAAGUUGACUGAACUUGUUUUAUAUUUCAAAGCUCAUAAUUCAACCUAAGUUCAGUUGACUUCAAAGCAGCAGGGGAACUGGUGUUUCUAAGUAGAAUAAACGUGAUUUACACUGUGUGGAUGUGCAGCAGGUGAUGGGUUGGAUUCAAAUCUGAUGACUGGGGAGGUCACUGGAAUAAACCGAUCUGAGUGUCAUGUUCCAGUUUGACAUGCCUUUUCCUUCCUUUAUCCUGCUGGACGUAGUAGCAGUAGAAUUCUGGCCAUAAUGGGAUGCACAUGACCAGCAACAAACCCCGCUCGGUUCCACCAGCAGCAGCCUGGACUGUCGACACGAGGCAGGUUGGGUUCACAGAUCCAUGCUGUUGGUGCCAACAGCUGACCCGACCAUCUGCAGCCUCAGCACAAAUCCAGAUUCAUCAGGCCAAGCAACGUUUAUCCAGCCUUUAACUGUCCAGUUUGUUGACCCUGAGAUGCCCUGAGAUCAUUUUCUGCUCUCCACUGAUAAAAAGACUUAAACCUUUCUGUCCAUUUUCCUCUAACUGCCCUUAUCAGUGAGACAUUUCUGUCCACUUAAUGAUGUUUGUUGUAAUUGUUCCCCAAGUAUUUAAUGUUAUUUCUGAAAAUCUUUCGACGUUUUUGAAGUUGCACCGUCUCUACCAGCUUCAAUAAUAAUUACCAUCAUAAUAAGAAGAAUACAUUUUAACACAAACUGACUUUUUGUUGUUUCAUUUCUUGCUUUGCAGUUUAGUAGGACAUCAAUCAAAUGCUUUCAUUUUGCUCAUUCUCAUGGCAGACAUUCUGCUUAGUCACAGCAGAAUAAACACAGGUGUCUGUGAUAAGACAAAUGAAGGCAUUAAUCAAUGGAAGUGGAGCAGCAUGUGCAGUAAAUGGAGCACAGCCAUGACUAAUGUUAUCAGUUACACCUGUGUGUGACACGCUAAGCAAAGGGCCUGCCAUGAGAAAGGUCUCUCUGCUUAUCUGUUAGAUAAGAAGCAUUAGAUCCUUUACCUCAGUGAGAGCAGAAAUGUCGCAUGGAAAAAAACUGUGCUGUACAUCCUGCACAAAAAUAUCACUUGAGCAGAGUCUGCAAAUUCAGCUAACUUCAAAUGUUAAAAUACAACAAAAAAUUAGAAUACUUUCCACUGAUCAGUUACGACAUUAAAGACAGUUCAGUUCAGUUAUAUUUAUGUGGAAUCAGUUCACAGCAGAAGUCAUCUCAGGGCUCUUUACACAGCAAGAUGAAGGCCUUAUAGCAUUCUGUCAGAGAGAGAAACCCUACAAGCUCAAAGAUUCCCUCUGAGCAAGCUGUCUGGCAACCGAGGGAGGAAAAAAAACUUUAAAACAGGAAAAAAAAAAACACCUGCAGAACCAGACUGAGUGACCUGCCUCGACAGGUGGGGUCAGAGUAGAAAAGGAAAACAGUGGCAGAGACACCUGCAGACAAGACAAAAUACAAACUAUGGGAAAGAAAAGUUAAUGGCACACAAUAAAUGUAUGAAGACAGCAGAGAGGUGCAGCAUACACUAUGUUGCCAAAAGUAUUGUCUCACCCAUCCAAAUAAUCUGAAUCAGGUGUUCCAAUCACUUCCAUGGCCACAGGUGUAUAAAAUCAAGCACCUGGGCAGUGCAGACUGCUUUUACAAACAUUAGUGAAAGAACGGGUCGCUCUCAGGAGCUCAGUGAAUUCCAGCGUGGAACUGUGAUAGGAUGCCACCUGUGCAACAAAUCCAGUCGUGACAGCUUCUUACUUGUUCAUUUUCCCCAGAUAAUUAUUUGCUUUAAUGCACAAAUUUCACCUUCAUCUUCAAGCAACGUCUGUUCAGAGAUAUGAAGUAUAAUUAAGUCUGCUUUUCUGUUUUACUUUUUAAAGAAUUUUCUUUGCCAAGUUGCUUUAUGCAUAAGAAGGACAUACAUGUGACAUUAUACUACAGAUACCGACCCCAAUGACUGAUUACCUGCCUUCUGUUUUAUUUCUAACAAUCAAAAAGGCUGAACCUUUCCUAACUCUAACCACUCUCCUUUAACUCAGCCACCAAGCAUAUUAAUUUGAGAAAGGAGAUUAUUUGUGGUACUGUGUUGCCUACAAUAACAUUUAUGUUUAAUUUGCCUAUUCAGAGAAUAAUGUGUUUGUUCAAGUUGUGGAGCUGUAAUUCUUGGAAGCUUCUCAGAGGCCACAGCUCUCCUGCCAGCUUCAGUCUGCAUUCCAGCGGCCACAUCUCUCUGCUUCUGUGACUGAAACUCAUCACACUCAGCUAAUCACCAGAAAGCAGAGGGGCAUGCUGUGCACACAUGUUGGCGUCAUUAGGAUCCCCCAGUGGAAUAAGUUUAUGCUAAAAUCCUGCUUGAACAAAUAAAAAUAAGUUUAUAUGGUUGUUCUUUAGGCUUGUGCAGAAGGUGAGCGGUGCCAGGCAGCGAACAAAGUCUUCUUUUGUGGUUCCUGCAGAUGUUUUCGGUGCCAGAGCUCAGGGUGCAUGCACUGUAUAAUUAGAAAUGAUCACUUAGCCGAGUUUGAGUGUGAAGUUUCCAUAUUUGUUCUCCUGAACAGCACUGGCGGAGCUGGUUGCUCAGAGGUCAUCCUGGGACCACCGCAUACGAUCCAAGCAGCUGAAAAACAGAGCGAACUCGUGACACCAACACAGCUCCCACAUGGACACAAAAAUGACUUCUCAACUGCUCAGAAAGGAAGCCAAGAAAAAUAUGAAUUUGUCCUUCAAGAUGUUUUAACAACAGCAGCAGCAAAUGUGUUGGAUAAACACGCUUCACACGACAAGCUGCUUUCAAGGCUCAGCAGCCUGUAAACACCGGUGACAGCUAAACAGAAGCACAGAGUAACAACUGGAGAUGAUUCCAUGGUUUGGUGGCUGCAAAUGAACUACAGUAAAAUUAAUUAAAAGGAAUAUGAUGAGGAAAAUAAAAAACAACCAUGGAUGUUCUGAGAAAAGAAUAACUCUUCAGAGGCAUAAAGUAAAGAAUGAAUCAACAAUUUACUUAAAAAAGUGCUGCUGCAAGAUGAAGAUGACACCAAUAAUAAAAGGCGUUUAUACCUGAAGAAGGUGGAGCAGAAGCAAAAGCAGAGGGAUGAUGUGAAAAUGAAAGAGCCUCUGAAGCUGAUGACAACCAGAUGAAAGCAUUAAAAUGCUGCACAUGAGAGCCAGAGAAGGAGAGGAAGAGAGAGCUCAGAUGUGGAGGGAGGGGAGAGAAAGCUCCCUGCUGAAGACAGACGGGUUUAGAGAACACCAGUGAUGAAGAAAGUGUGAUGCUAUGCGAGGCUGCAGAUGCAACAGAAGUGAACAAAAUAGAAGAAGAACUUCUGCUCAGCUUCAGGUUGUUUGAAGUGUGAUCUGGUCAACAUGCUGCCCUGGAGGAUGGUUUUAGUCGCUCUGUUCUACUGCUGCAUCAAGACAGGUGUCACAAGAUGCCGAAAUAAAGCUCUGUUCCCAGCUGCCAGCAGAGUAAAAAGAGGAGCAACAACAGCAGUGAACCUGACCUUCCACAACUCCUUCGAGGAUGUCCAUCUAUUGUUUGAGAUCCUGAUGUCUGGAGUACAUUUUGAGAGCAGUGGAGCGUUUAUAGUCAAAGAUGCCGAACUGGCUUCCCUCCGAAAGACAAGAAACCUUGACAUUAUCUGCGAAGACAUAAUUCCCAAGAAGCUAACGGACAUAGUCAGGCUCAUAUCUGACCUUUCCAAUCAUACCUGUCGCCUGGAUCAAGAUGACUUUGAGCGUACCCUGUUGACUUUAGUGUUCACAGCCCAGCAGAUGGUCAGCUCCACGACUGAACGCCACAGGGACGUGUGGGCCGAGUCUUUUGUUGGCUUAUAUAAAGCCAUCAAGAAGGAUCUGACACAGACAAACUGAGCAGGCAUCGGUGUUGCUACAGAAAGGUUCCAUAAUGAAGUUUAAUAUGUACAAAGGAAAAAAAUACUUUCAUUUUUAUAAAAAAAAAUUCCAGUAAUAGUAGUCAGUAGUCCUGAUUUGUGCUUUGAGGAAACAUUGCAUCUUGUAUGCUGGCAGGCUGAGAGGAAAGUCCUGUCACACAAAUACGUAAAGUGCACAAACAUAGACACAGUUAUUAAAAUAUUGACUGUUACAGCAAAUGUGAGGUACUGUAUGUACAUGGAACUGUAUAUUGGAUCUAUAUGUUGCAUUAAAUGUCACAGAGGUAUUUACA